CUUCCUGAGCUGUGUGGGGUGUGGCAUGCAUGACUAUCAAAGGCCCGUGACCUGAUGGGAGCUUAUAAAGUGACUUGCGAGAAGCCAGGACCAAAACAGGCGCCUCACUUGGAGGAUUCUGUGUGACAACUGCUGUCGUCUUAAUAAAAAUAAGGGGGCCUCUCCUGAAGCCACCAGACCCAAGAUGGUGACAAUGCUGUUGCUCCUGGCCACCCUGGCAGGCCUCUUCACUGCAACCAAGGGACAAAGUUUCCAUCUUGGGAAAUGCCCGUCUCCUCCAGUGCAAGAGAAUUUUGACGUGAAAAGGUAUCUCGGAAGAUGGUACGAAAUUGAGAAGAUCCCAGCGAGCUUUGAGAAAGGAAACUGCAACCAAGCCAACUACUCGCUGCUGGAGAAUGGAAACAUCAAAGUGCUAAACCAGGAGAUGAGACCUGAUGGAACUGUGAACCAAGUUGAAGGGGAAGCCACACAGAGAAACCUCUCAGAGCCAGCCAAGCUGGGAGUCAAGUUUUUUGAGUUGAUGCCAUCUGCACCAUACUGGAUCCUGGGCACGGAUUAUGAGAACUAUGCCUUGGUGUACUCCUGCACCACCAUCAUCUGGCUCUUCCAUGUGGAUUAUAUUUGGAUCCUGGGAAGAAACCCGUAUCUCCCUCCAGAAACAAUAACCUACCUUAAAGAUAUCCUUACUUCUAAUGACAUCGACAUCGAUAAAAUGACGACCACAGACCAAGCAAACUGCCCCGACUUCCUGUAAAGGGGGGAGCCGGCCUCCCCAGGUUACUUCUAUACUUUGCAUUCCCUGGCUCCACCCCCCACUCCUUAUAAAGACAAACCAAGCGACUGUGGCAAGUACUAGAGGGAAAGUUUGGCUAUAGAAGCCAAUGGAGGGGACUCAGGGAAAGUCGGCCCAAACCCAGUCAGACUCACACUGUCAUCCUGCUAGCCCAAUAAUAAACAUUCUGCUGAUCA